CAGGUCUUGCAACAGCAUAUUGACACCCAGCUGAAAUAAAACAUUUCCUGGUGAGAGUCGCCAUGUCCAGUGCGGAGGCAACCGUGCAACUCCAGGAAGAACUUUCUUGCUCCAUCUGCUUCCAGUGCUUCAAAGAACCGGUCUCGAUUCACUGUGGCCACAGCUUUUGUCGCUCAUGUAUCACUACGUACUGGAACAUGGGGAAGAAAAAGUCCUUCUCCUGCCCUCGAUGUAGAGAAACCAGCCAGAAGAAAUUCCUUCAGCGAAACCAGGACCUGAAGAACAUUGUGGAAAUAGUCUCAAAGCUGAUCAUGAAGGGAGAGGGAGUGUGCAAGAGGCACCGGGAACCCCUCAAGCUCUUCUGCAAGGACGACAGAGCGCCCAUCUGCGUGGUGUGCGACAGAUCCAAGGAGCACCAGAACCACGCCGUGCUUCCCCUGGAGGAGGCCAUGCAGGACUACAAGAGACAAAUGCAGGUGCAGCUGGAGUUAGUAAGGAAAGAAAAAGACAAGCUCCUUGGAUUGAAGGCGAUGGGAGCAGCAAGGAGCAAGGAGACUCUGGAAAUGAUACAGUCUGGGAUGCAGAAAACCGCGGCUGCCUUUCAGCAGACCCGUCAGCUUCUUGAUGAACAGCUGCAGGUACAGGUGGCCCAGUGGAAAUUCCUACAAGCUGCAGUUGAGGAGGAACAGGAACAGCAAGCUGCCUGGCUUUCAAGGAACAUUUCCCAGCUGGACCACAUCAUCGCAGGGGUGGAAGGAAAACGGGGUCAGCCAGAGGAGGUGAACGUCACUUUGACAAGGUUCAAAAACAGGACACGUAAGCCAGUGUCAAUAUUUCCUGAACUGGAACAAAGGCUUGAUUUUUUGAUUAGACAAAAUGUUGUCACUGCACAGACUCUGCGGAAAAUUGAAGAUAUUCUGGCUUUGGAACUGGGAAAAGUUCAGCUGGACUCUCCAAAGCAUGUGCCAACAUCAACAGAUGCUUCACCCUUUAAAGUGGAGAAAGACGAGUCCAGUUCUCUUGCUGCAAAAAGGAGAAAGCUAAUGCACCCUGUUGACCCAGCUGGAAAUCACUAUCCGCAGCAAAACCCAGGAGACAAGGAGUGCCCUUGGCAGCCUUUGGACUUCUGCAGUGGAAAGCCUUCAGCACCUGCUCCAGAGCCUGCGGGGAACGGUAGGCCCUUUAGUGAUGAGGACAAGAGCACAGGGGGAGUUGUAUUCAGACACUCAGCAGGAACAAAUGUGAAAAAAGAUCAGCAAGCAAGGUCUUUUCUUCAGUGCUCUUCUGCCUUCCGGGAGGCGAGAAUUAUGGACGCAAGCGUCCUGCUGGGCCGGCUGAGCAAGGAAGCCUUGUGCUCCUUAUGCCAGGAGUAUUUCAAAGACCCCGUGUGCCUCCACUGCGGCCACAAUUUCUGCCAAGCCUGCGUUACGCAGCGCUGGGGGGAACUCGAGGCAAAUGUCUCCUGCCCUCAGUGCGGAGAAAGCGGCCAGCGGAAGAGCUCCAGGGAGAACCAGCAUCUGGCGAGAAUCGUCGAAAUUGUCAAAUGCCUGAAUCUGGACGCGCUGGAGGACGGGAGGGCGUGCGAGAGACACGCGGAACUUCUGAAAGUCUUCUGCAAAGAGGAUCAGACCCCCAUCUGCCUGGUGUGCAGUCUGUCCAGUGAGCACCGGCGCCACACCGUGAUUCCCAUGGAGGAAGCGGCCCAGGAAUACAAGGAACAAUUUCAGAUGGAAUUGCAGACUUGGAAGCAAAGGAGAGAAACGCUCCAGGCACUGAAGCUGGCAGAAGAGGGAAGAAGCAGGAAAUCUCUGGAAAAGCUAGACAAUGAAGGGAAGAAGAUUGUGUCUGAAUUCGAGAGGCUGCACCAGUUUCUGGACAAUCAAGAAGAACUCUUGCUGGGUAAGCUGGAAGAGCUGGAGAAGGAUGUGAUAAAGGAAGAGAAGACAAUCACUUCUUGGCUGUCCAGGGAGAUUUCCAGCCUUAGCGACCUCCUCAGUGAGAUCGAAGAGAAGCAUAAGCAGCCAAUGAGCAAAUUCCUCCAGGAUCUCAAAAACAUCUUAAGCAGAUGUGAAGCUCAGAAGAACCAACAAUCAGUUGAGCAUUCUCAUGAUCUGGAGAAGAGACUGAUUACCUUCUCUGAGAAAAGCAUGCGUCUUGAAGAGAUCCUAAAGGAAUUCAAAGCUGCUCUGUCAAUUGAACUGGAAAGCACAUCUUUGCUAAAAGAGGAACUGGGAGUGAGGAAAGGCAGGGCAAGAUGGUUCGAGUUGCCUUACGCCGAAGUGAAGAAAAGAGGCAGACGAGUGAGUGUGACUCUGGAUCCAGAUACCGCAAACCCCUUCCUUGUCCUCUCGGCGGACCAGAGGAGCAUGCGGCUGGGGGACGUGUGGCAGGACGUGCCCGACCACCCCGAGAGAUUUGACACGUACCCCUGCGUGCUGGGCUGCCAGGGACUCACGUCAGGGAGGCACUACUGGGAGGUGGAGGUGGGCGGCGGGCAAUUCUGGGCAGUGGGCUUUGCCAAGGAGUCUGUCCACAGGAAGGGAGUGCUCACCCCUAGUCCUGCGGAACACGUCUGGGCUCUGCAACAACACGGGGAUCACCUCGAGGCGCUCACCCACCCCGUGAGCACCCUGUCCACGUGCCGCUGCCUCAAGAGGGUGCAGGUGUUUCUGGACUACGAAGAGGAUCAAGUGGCAUUUUUUGAUGCCGAUACCUCCGCUUUGAUCUACGUGUUUUCGCCCGCUGUUUUCAAUCAGGAGAGGAUUUUCCCUUGGCUUUGUGUGUGGCCAGGAACUGAGUUAAGGUUGUACCAGUGAGAAUACUGAUCUGUUUGCAGUAUGGUAAAUCACAUACACACAGAAAUAGCAUGUCUAGCCCUGGACAGCUGUAGUUUCUAUGACCCUGGAAGAGUGGCUUUACAGGCUCUGUUCUUCCUGUGAAGAGUCAGGUGGCCUAACCUAAGUCAGGGUUGAUACUAUGUUGUGAAAUGAAUCUGAAUUCUGUUAAGACAACAUCCAAAUUCUGUGCCAGAAUUAUGGCAGUAAAUUAUAGAAAUUGUAUAAUAUUUUUAAAAUAUGUUUAGCUUGGUAAUAAAUGAAAUGUGUUAAGAUAACA